AUGCAAAAUCAUAAAACUAAGACUGGUGUUUUACCUCUGAAUAGGGCGACAGACUCCAUUGAUGACAUGUAUGAUGGUUGCCGGUCUGAAACAGCCUCUGUGAUCGACUUGUUUGGCGUGUUUGGUGCAAAGAAACCUGUGCACAAGCACCUGAAAGAAGAGCAUGCUAUAGUUAUGUACAUGUACACAAAGUUGAACUAUAUCCAACAAGAGUUCAACCAAGCAGGGAAAACAGGGAAACUCAAGUACAACACAGACAGAUUUAAGUUCCACUAUUUCUACUUCUACCUGACUGAUGCCAUUCAAGUUCUGCGUCACAAUCAGACAUCAUGCAGAACCACCUAUCACAGGACACGGAAACAGUUUGACCACAAUGUCAUCAACACAAACAUGCGUUUUGGUGCUUUCACCUGGGUAGCUUCAAGCAAGGAGUCAUUUGAUAUGAAUGGCAAUGUGUCUUGUUUUGAGAUCUACUCAUGCUUUGGUGCUGAUAUAACACAUUACUCUGCCACAAACCAAAUGGGACAGGUGCUGAUUCCUCCCUAUGAGGUCUUCAAAAUCACUCAUGUCCUGACUAAUGACCCAUGGUGCAGUGUGGUCUACAAGCUAAAGAGCACCAAAAUACCAAGGAGAGAUAUAAAUUUCCUUGUUAAACGCAGGCAGAAGAAUUUUGUGGCUGCAGUGCUGAGUGUUCUGCUGGUGCUGAUGAUUAUUCUGGUGAUAUGA